UAUUGUCUGUUGACAGUUUGCUCUUCUGAAGAAAGCCAAAAGUCUUCAACAUAGUUUAAUAUAUGCAUAUGAAGUGAAGUAUUACGGCAAUUUUGGCCGAACUAUGAUCGUUUGCCCAAAGCACUGACACACCUUGUUUGACUAAGAUAUGGAUGAAGAUGAACGACAAAGGAAGCUAGAAGCAGGAAGAGCCAAGAAACCGUCUGCCAUGCCCAGAAGUCAACCGCUUGCUAGCUUCCGAGAGAGGCGGGCGAAAGGUGACAGUGAGGGGGCGCAGAAAAAGACGGCGAAGAGGAAGGGCCAGAAUGACCCGAAAAUUGACCGCCCAGCGCAAGAGCGACCCCUAGAGCCGGCGCCGGCGCCAGCUAGUGGUGCUAAGGAGAAGUGCAAGAUCAACCACGAGGUGCCCCAAAAACCCAAGACUUUUACGGUCCAGAUCCAUGGCCAGAAGAUUCCGUCCCAGCAUCCGAGCCAAGGCCCCAUUACCUCCCCUGUUGAAGAGAUGGAAGAUGAGCUAAUAGCACUGACUGGCAAAGAGCAGCUCAAGCAGCUGCAGCAGGCUGUGGAGAAGCGCAACGAGAUCAUCGCCAAGCUGAGCUUCAACCUUCAGGAAGCCCAGGCCAGCAGAGACCAGGUACAGCUAGAGGCCCAGUCCCUUGCCGGACAGAUCCAGGCCUUGCAGAAGCAGCUUCAGCAGACUAGCGUGGAGUUUUUGCGCAUUAAAUGUCAAACAGGGGUGCCCGAGUCACCUCAUUUCCAGCAACGGCAUGGCUCCAAAGACUCUGUCCCCUCCUGUGUGGAGCUCCCACUGGGGGAACUUAAAGAGAGCUUAAACACAAACUCUAAGGCUAAUGGAGACACCGAAACAGACGCCCUCCUCCUCAGGCUCGGUGCCGAGCUAGAAGAGGAGAGGUCCAACAGCCGAAGAAUAUGUGAAGAACUCGCCAAGGAGAAGGAUCACUGCCAAAAUAUGCUUUCUUUGCUGGAGGAGGAGAAUAGGGAAAUUAAGAAAGUAAUGAAGCAAAGGGAAGCACAAACUGAGCUGCAGCUACGAGACCUCCAGGAGCAGAUAAGCCAAGCCCAAAGCCAGUCCUUUGAGAUCCAGAGAUACAAGGAGGAGAAGGAGCUUCUCAACACCCAGCUCCAAGAGACCAGCAGGAUGCUAGUCAGAGAGCAGGAGAACGCAGAGAGGCUGAAAGAGGAGGUCGCAAGCUCGGCCCUCCGUCUCUGCACCCUAGAGGAGGAGAGGGAGAGACGGGAAGAGGAAACGAGGAGGCUCGAGGAGGAGCACAGGGAGGAGCUGGACAGAAUCCGGCAGCUCUUGGAAGAGGGGGAGAAAGAGAUUGACAGACUGGAGAAGGAAGACUCGGGUAUCAAGGCGUCCAAGAAUAGACAGAACCAGGAAAGGGUCAGCUUCGGUCAGGAUGAGGAUGAGGAAGGUGGACCAGGCCAGGAAGCGCUCUCUGAAGAUGGUCUGGCCAGAUCUGUCUGCACGGACAUCUUGAUGGAGCGCUACUUGUCCACUGCAAAGUCCAACUCCUGCCAGGCCAAUCAGAGCUUUGAAGAACACAUCCUUGAAGAGAACUCUGCCAAUUACAGUUUUGAGCUCAACAGUGAGAUUCUGGGUGACCCGUCGCACCUCUUCUCCAUCUCCAACCCUCUCCGGGAAAACUACGACAACCUCCUCAACUUCUCUGACGCACAAUGCUCGGCAGCGUCCGACCUCGUCCUGGACUGCUACCCCCGCGGCGUGUCGCCAGGCUGGCCCAUCACCUCGCCCUGCAGCGGCGAUGCAGAGUUCGGGGAGGCGUCGCGGCAGCCGGCCGAGGAGCCGGCGGACCUGGCCAAGGCGCUUCUCGGACAGCAGUGCGAGGAGCUCAGAGACGAGCUGGACCUGAAAGAGAGGGAGCUCGAUAUCCUGAGGGAGGAGGUCUCCAAGAGCGCGGAGGAACUGGAAGAGGCCAGGAGCCGGUGGGCACAAGUAACGGAAGAACUCAAGGAGGCACUCUGGGAGCUUGAGGAGGAAAGGGAGAAGCAGAGGAGCCAGGAGCAGGAACUGGAGGAGGAAAACCUGUACACGUCUGAACAGGACCACUUUGAGAACAAAGACAGCCCCUUCUUGGAGGAAAAGGAGGACGGGUCCUCCAUGCUCUUCUUCACCACGACCCCUCCGUCUGCUCUGCUUGCCGACAAACUGCCUGGCGAUCUGACGGAGGUGAUUGAGGAGAAGGCCCAUCUGGAUCUUCAGGCCAAGGACCAAAUCGUAUCGGAGCUGGUAGACACCAAAGCCAGGCAUGAAACCACUGCUGCCCUCCUGGUUCAAAAGACCCUGGAGUUGGACUCUGCCCUCAAGGACCUCAACACCACUCGCCUUCAGGUUGAGGCUGCCAAGGAGGAGCUGGAGAAGAUGGAGGGAGAGCUGGAGGAGAGCCGGAGAAAUCUGGGAAGCACUGAAGAGCAAAGGAGCCGACUGGAGGAUGAGCUUGUCAGUCUAAAGCACACCCUGGUUCCCCUAGAGGAGGCACAGGUCCAAGCAGGGGAGGCGCACAGGCUAAAAGAGGAGGAGAUGGAUAGACAGCUGAGGAAAAUGGAGCAAAUCCUGGAGGAGGAACUCGAGCAAUUUGAGACACUGAUCCAGGCAAAGGAGGAGGAGUUGGCUGAGGUGCGGGAGAAAUGGGAGGACGAGCAGCAGGAGAAAGAGGAGGAGCUGCGGGGAGCCAGGCGUCUCCUGGAGGAGCAGAGGGGGCAGCAGGAGUCUGAGGUGAAGACCCUCAUGGAGAAGCAGGCCAUGGCACUGGAGGAGACCACCAAGCGGCUGAGGCAAUCUCACCAUGAAGAGGUGGAGGAACUCUCUCAGAAACACCAGGCCGAGAUGUCUGAGCUGAACCGUCGUCUGGAGAGAGAGCUGUCUGCGCAGAAGGCUGCUCUCGGCGAGGAACAUAAAAAGCAGAUCAGCCUCAUUAAGCAGGUGACUGAGCGCGAGCACCAGCGAAUGCUGUCAGAGCUGAGCGCCGGACACGGGGAGGAGAUGAGUCAACUGAGGCUGGAGCUGACCUCCAGGCUCACAGACUGCAUGGAGACCGCCCAUCAUGCAGAAAUACAGCAGGCACAGACCAAGCAGUCGGUGGACAUGGAGGCGCUGCGUCUGAGCCUGGCCGACCUCCACACCUCGCGGCUGGAGCUCUCCCAGGCCAACCUGCAGCGGGAGCGCGAGGCGGCGCUCAGCCAGGUGCAGGCGGAGCUGCGGGACAAGUGGACCGGGGAGAACGCCAUGCUCCAGGCCAAGCAGCAGUUUGAGCUGGAGCGCCUGCGGCAGCAGAACCAACAGGACCUGGAUGAACUAAGGCAGCAGUACGAGAGUCGUCUCUUGGAGGAGAAAAGUUUGACAGAGAUGAACCGGGCCAACGAGAUACAGGUCAUGAAGUCACAGUGGGAGGAGGAGACGGAGAAGUCCAUGGCAGACCUCAGAACCGUCCUCUCUGAGACCCAGAAGAGCCUGGAUGACACCGUGGCUGAGUUGGCUGUCACCCGGACCUCUCUGGAGGAACUGCGCGCUUCCAGUGUGGCAGAUGUCCACAGGCUGGAGGAGGAGCUCAACCUGGCCUGGGCAGACAGAGACGCUGCUGCCAGUUCCUUGGAGGAGCUGGUCAGUAGUAAACAAACGCUACUGAAGGAGAAAGAGUUGCAAUCACGCCACCUAGAGGAGAAGGAGCGCCUCCUACAACAAGAGGUGUCUCAUCUGCAAGAGGAGCUGACCACACUGAAGAAGACCUCUGAACAGGAAACGGGUCAUCUCUGGUCCCAACUGGACAGCAUGAGGACCAGCCGGCAGGAGCUGGGAGAGCUCAGGGAGCAGCUGCUGGCCCGCUCUUCUCGUGUCGAUGACCUGGAGCGGCUGAAGGCUGAUUUUAAUGAUCAAAGGCGGGAGAUCAAGCAGCACAAUGAGGCCGAGCUGGAGGGCCUCAGGAGGUACUUUGAACAGCGUUUGAGAACAACGGAGGAGAGCUACAGGGAGGAGAUCGCUCUGCUGCAGCUCAGACUGGUUGAGAGUGCCCUGGAGGAGUCCCUACUAAAGACCGGGGAUGCUAGUUUCACCACAGAAGGCGACGCUGCAGAAGAGAGAAACAACCUUCUGGCUGAGUUUACACUGAAACUGGAGAAACACAAGGAGGAUCUGGAUUCACUUCGUUUGCAACUGGAGGAGAAACAUGAGGUGGAGCUGUCCAACCUGCGCGGUUCUCUCUCGCUGUCCUACAAAGAGGAGCUCCUCCAGGCGCGCUCUGACCUCACUGAGCGCUACUAUGAAGACCUAGAGACUAUGAAGACCCGCCACGCCUUGGACCUGGAGCAGCUGAGGGCCAGACUCUCUGAGAAAUACGUCAAAGAGCUUACCAAGGUGCGAUUUGAAGCAGCAAGACAGGUGGAGGUGGAGGUUGAGCAAAGGAUGUGGUGCCACAGUGAAGAGCUGCGGAGCAGAAUGACCAUCAUCCACACCCUGGAGGGCAGCCUGUCUGCCCUGGGCACACAGCACGCCACAGAGCUGCAGAGGAACACACAGCUGCUGAAAAAGGACUUUGCCAACGACCUGCUCCGUCACCUGGAGGAGGCCCGGCAGCUGGAGAAGCAGAGGGUGGUCGAGGAGCUGAGCUCUGGUAACCAGGAGGAGGUGCAGCGGCUCCGAGCGGAGCUCCAGAAGGAGCACCAAGCCAGGAUCUCCUCCCAGGAGGAGCAGAGGACACACCUGGAAGAAGAGCUGGAGAAGUCAAGGGCGAUGGUGGCGUCACUGGAAAGCGAUCAGAGUCACCAUGACGGGGAAAUGCGGGAGGCCAAGAGCAGCAUGUCUGCUGAGGUGAAGGAGCUGGCUGCUCUCCUCCAGAAGCAAGGGGAGGAGCGACUCCAGCAGGCUGAUCUAAGGUUCCAAGAGGAGAAAGGGCAGUUGGAGCAGCGCCUGGCCCAUAAGGAGAGCGUCUCUCUGGGGGAGUGGAACAACAAGCACCAGGCAGCGCUGGAGCAGCAGAGAACGGCGCUGCUCACCAAACACGCACAAGAGCUGCACGGCGUCACCACCGGACACAAAGAACAACUGGACGCCCUCAGCGCCCGCCACCGGGACCAGCUCGCCGCCAUGGCAACUGAGCUGGACACAAAGCACACGGCUGUGCUCGUCGCCAUGGAAGCGAGCCUGGACUCCAAGUGGAAGGCAGAACUCGAGCACUUGGCGGCUGUUUUCCAGGAGACCAAUCAGGCGCAACUGGAGGCCCUGGAGUCUGAGCUCUCUGUCGGGCACAAAAAUGAGCGGGACGAGCUGGAGAGGAGGAUGCUGAGCAACAUGGACACGCUGGAGGCCACCUAUCUGAAGGAGGUUCAGGCCCUGCGUGAUGACAUGGAGUACCAGGAGGAGAGCCACACACAAGACGUGGAGCGACUGAAGGCCGCACACGCUCAGGAGCUGGAGCGCCUGCAGACCGAGCUGGUGUCCGGUAGGGAGGGGCUGAGGAUGGAGCUGGCCCAGAUGCACAUGGGGAAGUUCAGCGCCAUGGCAACCGAGCUCAGCAACGCCCACAAGGUGGACUUGUCUGCUCAAAAGGAGGCCUUGGAUGCUGAACACUGCAAGGCUCUGGAGACUCUGAAGAUGCAGGUCCUUGAGUUGGAGGAACAACACGGAAAUGCCCUUCAGGAGCUGUCCCACAGCUACAAAACAGAGAAACAACAGCUCUGUGAUCAGCAUCAACUCCAGCUACAGGAGCUGAGGCAAGUCUCUGCCCAGGAGUUGGAGGUCUGUCGCAGGGAGCUCAAAGAGGAUUCGUCCAGACAACAUGUGCAGUUCAAGGAACAGAUGCAACUCUUUAAGGUCCAAUCGGAAGAGAGGCUGCAGGACGGGCUCGGUAAACUGAAGGCGGAGUUGGAGCAGUGUAAGGAAGCACAGCUUGAGGAGCAGAGACGAGGCUUCAGCACUGAGCAUGAGCAGAAGGAGCGAGGCUACACGGAAAAGAUGAGCCAGCUCACUGCCCAGCUCCAACAGCUGGAUGAUGUGGUUGCGCAGCUGCGGGCGGAGGUGGACGGCCUACAGGGUGAGCUGGAGGGGAAGCGCGCGGAGAUGGAGACCCUGGACACCCUGCUCCAGCGCAGGGAGCGGGAGGGCCAGGAGGGGGGAAACCUCCUCAACAUGCUGGGGCAGGACCUGCAGACAGCCAAGGAGGACCGACUAAAACUGCACCAGGCCAACGAGAAGCUUAGGAAAGUACUCCUAGACGUCAUCCGCAGCACCGUUGCAACAGAGGAGAUGAUUGGCCAGAAAAUCACUGUUGGACCCAGGUGGUCUCAGCAGCCAGCCAAUCACAGAAGCUCGACUGGGAACAGCGAGGCACAGGAGUCAGGCGUGUCGCUGGGCGAGGACUCAGAGCUGACCCAGCUGCUGUGUGAGAGCCUGCUGGUGUCCGAGACCCAGCUCCACCCGGCGGGGGAGGAGGCCGCCCUGGGGGCCUGCGGCAGGCUGCGCCUGGCCGUGGACACGCUGCUGGAGCUGCUCAACCAGGCCAACGCUCAGUUGGAGCAGGCCCAUAGCCUUCACCUCUCGCUGGAGCAGCGCUGCUCUAAGGGCAGGGAGGACUCCGGCCAUAUCCUCAAGCAGCACACCGUCCUAUUGGAGCAGCUCAACCAGGAGGCGGGUCUAAAGAGCCAUCUCCAUCUGGAGCUCCAUAAGGCAGAGGGUCUGCUGGACGGCUACGUGAGUGAGAAGGUGCUGCUGGAGGAGGCUCUUCAGCAGAAGGAGUCCCGGGAGGAGAGGCUGGCCGAGGAGCUGGAGGGCCUCCGGGUGCAGCUGCACCAGACGGAGAGCCUCAGCGCGGAGCUGGAGGGCCUCCGGGUGCAGCUGCGCCAGAUGGAGGGCCUCACCACGGAGCUAAACCACCUCCGCGCCCAGCACCAGGAUCUCAACGAGGAGCACGCUGUUCUCCUACGCCAGAGGGAGCAUCUCUCUGCUGGGCUGGGGGAGAGGGAGAAAGCUCUCUUGGCGGAGACGGAGUGUCUGGUCCGGGAGAGGCUGGACUUGCAGCGGCAGGCAGAGAAGGACCGCAACACCCUGUCCCUGCGCCUCCGCACCCUGGAGACUGAAUUAGAGGAGAGGGAGACCAAGGGCCUGGAGACGGAGCUGCACCACAAGGCCCACUCGGAGGACCUAAACAUGCGUGUCCAAGCCUUGGAGAAACAGAUCAAACACAACCGGCAGUUCAUAGACGAGCAGGCUGUGGAGCGAGAGCACGAGCGGGAUGAGUUCCAGCAGGAGAUCCACCGCCUGGAGGACCAGCUCAGGCAGACCUCCAGGGGCCAGGCCGGGGGAGAGAGCCGGGGACAGAGGAUUGAGGACUUGGUUCAGCAGGUGGAGAGCCUCCAGGCCCUUGUCAAAGACAAAACAGAAGACUACGACUCCCUGAUUGCAGCCAAUCAGCAGGCCCAGAACGAUCUCAUGGAGCGCAACGAUGAGAUUGACAAGCUGGCUGGGCGAAUCAGGGAGCUCGAGCAGGCGUUGCUCAGCAGCGCGGAUAGCAACCGCGCCGCCUCUCAGCUGGAACAGGAGGUCCAGCGGACGAAGCUGCGGGAGCGGGAGCUCUUACAGGACAAGCAGGGGCUGGAGCAGCAGCAGCUGGCCAACAAGCUGCAGAUCGCCGCUUUGCAGUCCAAACUGGAUGAGAGUCGACGUUACCAUGACGAUGCUCCUGACCCCACCCAGCCGCUCCGAGAUGCCCUGGACACAGCUCAGCUGAGCCUGCAGAGCAGAGAGCAAGAGGUUGAGUUGCUCAUGAGCCAACUGGAACAGGUCCAGGCCAAUUUCAGCAUCAAAGAGGUGGAGUUGAAACACCUCGCCCUGCAGCUGGAGCUGAUGACCAAUCAGAAUGAGGCUCAUGUCCAACAGCUCCAAGACAAGAUUGUCACACUCGAGGAAAAUGUCUCCGCCCUCACGAUACAGCUGGAGGAGAGGGAGGAGCUGAGAGAAGAGGAAGAGAGCCUCCCUUCUGCACUCCUCCAGGAGAAGAACCUGGAGAUAGACCAACUCAACCAGGAGAUCCAGAGACUGGAAGUGGAGAUGGAGGGCAGCGAGAGAGAUGUGGCCCUGGGCGCGGAGCUGGAGGAGCUGCGGUCCCGGGUGGAACACCUGGGCUCCGACAUCAGCCGGCUGCGGCAGGACAAGCAGGACGAGGAGGAGCGCCUCCACGAGGUCAUCAGCACGCUGCAGGCGGAGCUGGCCACGCUGGGCCCCGCCCUGCACGAGGUCAGCGACUCCCAGGACGGCGACAGCGUCAACCCCUCCUCGUCGCCCAGCCCCGAGCUCCGCAACUACCCGCUCCCCGGGGGCGCCGGGCGCAGGGGGGCGCCCGGCAGCCUGCGGCAGGAGCUGCGUCUGACCCGCUCGUCGCCCUCCUUCUCCUCCUCGUCCAAGUCCCUGCGGGCCCGCUUGGACGUCCUGCAGACCCAGCUGGAGACGGCAGCGGCAGAGAAGGAGAGCCUGCAGCGGCUCCUGCUCACCCAGGAGGAGGAGUACCGGGGCUACGGGGAGGAGCUGGGGAGGAGGCUGGCGGAGGGCCGGGAGAGGGCAGAGGAGCUCGGAGAGCUGCUCGCCCAGAAGGAGGCCCAGCUGGAGGAGGCCAAUGCCCGCAUCGCGCAGCGUCCGGAGAAGGAGACACAGGAGGAGGAGGAACGCUGGAGAGCUCAAGCCCUGGAAAUCAACGCCUUGCGCGGGGAGAGAGACCAGCUCAGCUCGGCGGUGGUGGAACUGCGGCAGUCGGAGGUGGAGCGGGUGGAGACCCAGAAGAAGAAGGAGAAGGAGUUGGCGGACAGAGUGGAGUCCCUCAGAGAGGCCAACGUCGCGCUGCAGACACAGAUCCAGCACACCAGCGCCCGGGUGGAGGCCAUGGAGCGGCUGGUGGCCGACGGGAAGGGGCAGGUCCUAACCCUGGAGUUGGUGAAGGCAGAGCUCUUUGCCGAGCGGGAGGCGCUGAGAAGGAGAGAGGGAAGACUUCAGGAGGAAAUAGAAUGCCUUAGGCAGGAAGUGGUGGCACAGAGAGCCGUCAUCAAACAGCUUCAGCUGAGGGACAAGGAGGAGGUUCCAGAGAGGGACCAAAAGAAAGUGCUGACGCAUGCUGAGUUGACCCUGGCCAAAGCAGAUCUUGCCUUAAGGGAGAAAGAGGCAGCGAUAGCCAGUCUCUCGGCUGAGCAACAGGCCUUGAGGGCAGAGCUUGCUGCCGUGAAAGAGGGGCUUUGCUCCAGCACAGAGAGGGCUGAGAAACUCCAGGAAGAAGGACAGACCAAAGAUCGGGCUCUCGCCGACCUCGAGACGUACAACCAUCGUCUGAAGGCGGAGCUGCGGGGCCUGCAGGAGGACCUGGCCGUGCAGGAGGAGGAGCUGGCCUAUCAGCAGAGGGAGCUGCAUCACCUGCGGCAACGCUGUGAGCAGCAGGAGGAUCACACCCAGGGCUCCGCACAGAAAGCUCUUUCACACGGAGGCUUCGAAGACCACCUGGGCGGGUCCCGGGAUGAGGCCUCACUGAGCUCCCCGGAGGUGCUGAGGAGACUGGAAUGUUCUGAGGACCGGACCCGGGACCCCUUCCACGCUUCUGUCCUCCAGGCUUCCCGACUGUCUCUCAACAGCACGACGGGGCUGGAUCUGCCCCAGGGGAAGCCCUCAACCAAGGCCAGGAUGAUGGAGCAGCCACGCUCCAGGACCAUCACCCCAGAGUCGGUCAGCCGCAGUACCCGCUCCCCAGGCUCCACAACGGCCUCGGACAACUUCUCAAUGGCCUGCUCGCUGGACGUUGACAAAAUGGAUACCCUUGACUUAACGGCUCCGCCCUCUCCGGUGGGCUCCCUUUCCUCCCUGUCGGCUCCAGAAUGGGCCAGCGAUGGAUAUGGCAGCAAUGUGAGCUCGGAGCUGGGGGUGCGUCUGCGGGCCGAGCUGGAGCACACGGAGCGUCUGGACGCUCAGUUCGUGGAGUACCUGCGCUGCCGGGGUAUGAACCCCGCGGCCAACACGGACAGCGCCGCGGGAAGCUGGAGCUUCAGCGACGAGCUGCUCUCUCCCGAGCUGCAGGAAAUACUGAAAAGGGUCCAUCAGGAGUCCUGCCGAAUUCUGACCUUGUCCCAGCGUCGGGCCACUACGUCAUCCCAGCAUCAAGGCCCUGUCUCAACAGUCCUUUCAUUGGAUCAGACGCUGGUUCAAUCGCAUGACCAGGCGAGUCCAUUGGACCGGCCCGACGGGUUUCCAUCCGCCCCGCCUAUGGGCUGGCAGCAGGAGAAGAGGGCGCUGCAGGAGACCGUGGUGGCUCUCAGAGAGCUGCUGUGUCGGAUGGCACAGAGAGACACGCAGGGUGCCCCUGGAGGCGACGACAAACGUCAGCAGAUGGCGACGGCAGGGAGCGACGGACGGGUGGAGGAACAGCUGAGGGCCGAGUUACAGGAGACCCAGAAACAGCUGCGGGAGGAGUUGGAGGAAACCCGGAAACAGCUCAGGGUGGAACUGGGGGAGACCCAGAGCCAGCUGAGCGCCUCCCAAGUCACCCAGCAGGAGCAUAGGAACGCCGUCCAGUCACUCAGGCUGGCCUUGCAGGCGGGCGAGGAGAGCCUGCAGGAGGAGCAGAGCCACGUAGAGGAGCUCCAGGCCUUACUGGAGCAGGAGAGGGCCCUCACACUGCGCAGGGAGCGCGAGGAGGAGGAGCGCAGGGAGGUCAUGCAGGGAUCUCUUGAGCAGAAGGGGUCAGAGGUGGUAGCCCUCAGUGGCCAGCUGGAACAGGAGACGGUGGCGUGCAGCAACCUUCGGCGGGAGCUGCAGAUAGAGCAGUCUCGCAGCGGGCUGCUGGAGAAGAGGCUGGGCGACGCCCACGGCGACCUCCAGGAGGAGUGCAAGCGCUCCGCCCAGCAGCACGACCUCCACCUGCAGGAGAGGAGCAGGCUGGAGCGCCUGCUGGCGGAGGCGGAGGCGCGCCUGGACGCCGCCCACGGGACGCUGGAGGAGGAGAAGGAGCGUUGCGCCAGCACGCUGGACGGGUUCGGGCGGCGACAGGAAGCCAACGCGGCGCGGGACAGGAAGCUGGUCACGGACAUGCAGGCGCAGCUGGAGCAGGAGCGCCGGCAGGGGGAGGAGCUGGCGGCCGUGACCGACCGGCUGAGGGCGGAGCUCCUGCAGGUGAAGAGGAGAGGCGAGGAAGAGGAGGAGCAAAGGAGGCGCGACGAGGCCCGGAGGGAGAAGGAGGCCGCCGCCCGCCUGCGACACGCCUCGGAGUCGCUGAAGGAGCAGAAGCGUGCGGCGGGCUGCGCGCUGGCGGCGGAGAGGGAGCGCGGCACGCGCCAGGGUGCAGAGCUGGCCGAGCUGAAGGAGAGGCUCCAGGCGGCCACGGACGAGGAGCGGGAGAGGGAGAAGCAGAGGGAGAGGGAGAGGAGGAAAGACGGCCAGAAGCAGAUGGAGAGAGAGAGGCGGCAGGAGAGAACCAACAACAAAUUGUGUGAGCUGGAGCUAUUGAGGGAGCAGGAUCAGCAGCGUAUGAAGGAGCUGCAGCAGACUCUGUCGGAGCUGGAGAGAGAGGGGAGGGAAAUGGCCGCUCAAAGGCUGUCCGGCUCAGCUCACCAAACCAGAACCGGCCCCACGGCCAACCGUAGCGCCCAGACCGACGACACGGUACCCAGGGAUCAGGCCAAGUCUUCCCCUGAGCUGGUGCAGAGGCUGCUGGGGGAGAACUCUGAGCUGACGGAGCGCGUGGCGUUCCUCAGCCAGGAGAGGGUCGCCCUCAAGCACACGCUCGCCGGCCUGGAGCGCCAGCGGCGCCGCGCCGAGAACGACCUCGCCAAGGCCGCCAUGGAAACGGAGAACCGGCCCAUCAUCGGGGACGCGGUCGGCAACGGCAAGGUGCAGCGUCUCUACGAGCGGUACCUGCGCGCCGAGAGCUUCCGGAAGUCUCUGGUGUACCAGAAGCGCUACCUGGUGCUGCUGCUAGGCGGCUUCCAGGAGUGUGAGCAGGCCACGCUGUGUCUCAUCGCCAGCAUGGGGGCCCGCCCCUCGUCCACCGUCCAAUCCAAGCGCAGACCCCUGGGGCGCUUCAGGGCCGCUGUGUGCGCCGUCAUCGCGGUCUCAAGAAUGAAAUUCCUGACCAAGAAAUGGAAUCGAGCCAUCAGGCGCAUGUCAAUAUCUGGAGGUGUGAACGGACAUUCUUCAGGUUAUCGACCGGAAGUCUUGAGGCUGCAGCAGCGAUCCAACUCUGAGGCUUCCCCUCCCACCCGAGACGGUAACCUCCUCUACAGAGACUCUGCGUCGACAUUGGUCCCUCCGGUGAAGUCCCCCUUCAGACUGCACAACAGGGCCCACUCUGGUUCCACUGUGAUCUCGGUGCCUGCUGGGACGUCCCAGGACCCUGAGCGCACCCUGACGGAGUACAUCCACCAUCUGGAGAAGGUCCAGCGCCGGCUGGUGGGCUCCAAGCCUGGUUCCUCAGCCCUUCAUAUCCAAACCAACAAGUCGGAGCACUGAACAAAUAAAUGUGUCCUCAGAUGUUGGAUUUUCCACUUCCACAAAUAAGAUGAUUUUAGAAAUGUUUUAGAUUAUUUUAAUAUAUAAAGGAUAGAGCAGAUAUGAUACUUUUUUUAAUGCAUUUUCUUACGGACAUUUUUCUAUACCUUUAAAAAUGUAAAUGCCAAUGCCAUUCUUAAAGUGUUUAACAGUUUUUACGUAGUUUUGCUUGAUAUUUUUCUACCUUUAUGUAUCAAUAAAUGUUAUGUAUAUAAAUGUUUCUUGGUUUUAAGGUUUUCAAUAUAUAAAUGUGUUUAUUCAUGUAUUGUGGAUGCACUUUGAGUAACAAGAUCAAUACAACUACCAAUUGUGUAAAUGCACUAAGGUGUUGAUUUGUUUUGUGUAUUGUAAUAAUCUUUCUACAUGCAAAACAAUAAAUAUUUUAAUUUACAUAUUUCAAAAAAGUGCACUUGUAUCAAAUAAUAAGGAAAUGUUUAUUUAUUAUUUUAAUAAAUAAACAAGGGAAA